UAUUAAUGUAUUUACUCGGUGAAAGACACGUGACCUAUGGCCCCCUGACCAGGGGUUGCCCUAUUGAUCCGCAUUGAUGUGCCAUGCCUUGCUUGGUGAUCUAUCAUUGAGACAAGGCAAAGGGUGCGCUCGCAGUCGUGACUUUGUCGACAACCGCAUAAUGCACAAUGCACAACAAUGCGCAGUGCAAAUGACGUGACGCCAUACAUAAUUAUUCAGCAACCCCUCAGCUGAAUAUACAAAGGGCUGCCCCUCAUGGAUACCACAACCACAAUCUACUAUAACCAUUUAUACUACUAGUAUAUUAUACUCCGUACAAUCGCAAAAUGCACGUCCUUCUCCUCGGUGGCCACGGCAAAGUCGCCCUCCAUCUGACUCCCCUCCUCCUCUCCCGCGCCUGGAACGUCACCAGCGUCAUCCGCAACCCUGAUCACGAGUCUGAAAUCCGCGCUCUCGGACACGGUAAGAAGGGCUCUCUUGACAUCCUCCUUUCUAGCCUCGACGAUGUGAAGACAGAAGCGGAUGCAAAGAGUAUCAUCGACCGUGUCCAGCCGGAUUACGUCGUUUGGUCUGCUGGCGCCGGUGGAAAAGGCGGCCCAGCACGCACCAAAGCCAUUGACGAAGUAGCCGCCAAGAACUUCAUAUCUGCCUCCUUCGCCAACACCAAAAUCACCAAGUUCCUCCUCGUCUCGCAUAUCGGCAGCCGCCGUAAGCAACCCUCUUGGCUCUCCGACGACGAAUGGGCGCACCUCCAACACGUCUCCAACAACGUCCUUCCCGCCUACGCGAAAGCCAAGCUCGAGGCGGACGAGUACAUGACUGCCCUCGCGGCGAAACAGCAGCGGAAGCCGUUCCAGGCGAUUAAUCUGCGGCCCGGUACGUUGGCGGAUACGCCUGCGACGCGGAAGGUGCAGUUGGGGAAAACGGCAGGGCGGGGAACGAUUACGAGAGAGGAUGUGGCUAUUGUGGCGGAUAAGUUGUUGGCGAGGGAUGAUACGAAUGGAUGGUAUGAUUUGUUGAAUGGGGAGGAGCCAGUGGAUGAGGCUGUUGAGAGGGUGGUUAGGGAGAAGAUUGAUACGGUUGAGGGGGAGGAUGUUGAGGGAAUCGUUAAGCGGCUCUCUUGAAUUAUGAUUGAUGAAUAUAUGCGUACAAAAUCUAUGUACAGAUGCAAAUGGUAAAUGGUCACAGCUUAGCCUUAGGCUUAGCAGCCUUGGCUUCAUCUUGGACCUGCUUCUUCAACAUCCGACGGAGAAUCUUUCCACUCGGGCUCUUGGGGAUUUCGUCCAUGAACCGUAC